AUGCUUACGUAUUAUGCAUUCUUGUUACUGAUGAGUCAGGUCGUGACAAGACAGCUAAAUCACUCAUCAACAUUUGCAAGACUUUCCGCGAAGCAGCUAUUAGAAUUUCGCGAAGCUUUAGAUGAGAUGCUUUUGGAUGAUCAAUUGCUUAUACUUCUGAACGCAGAUUAUGGGAUGUUUUGGACAUCCACACUGAGGGUGACUGACAUAGCGAGAAACAAUUCGUGUGCCAGAGACAUGAAAACAAUCAUGCGUGGCUUGGUGAAGCUGGAAAAAUGGGCGAUCGCGUGUAUGUCCGCAAUAUUGCGUAAAAAACGCAAACACUCUAUUAUUUUAGGGACAGAUGCUGCUGGAAAGCCACAACCAGGUGUUACGGGUGGUGCAGUGAUCUGGCCAGGGAGCUAUGAGCUCUGCUUGCAGCUCUACCGGAAUUCUCAAAACGUAUCCUUCCAAGGACGCUACUGUUCUCUAUUCUAUCCAUAUGGAACACCAGAGAGUCGAAUUGUGCCCUUUGGUGUGAAUGUUGGAGUGUGCGUGCCUUCAUCUUGUGGUCUCGCGGACGUGAUUGACAUAUUCAGUCUCCGACAUCCAUCGGUGGUAGCUUUUGAGCCUCUGAGCAUCUGUCACUUGUAUCCUUCGGAGCUGGAUCGUGACGAAUGGUACUGGAUAGCCAUAUCGCUCACUUCAAUCAUCCUUGCCCUACUUGUGAUCGGAUCGAUAACAGAAGCCAUUCUAUACACUCGCUGGUGGUAUCAAUAUGAAUACACCGAGCCUUAUUCACUAGAAUCAGACGGACCACUAACCCAAAAAGCGACGCGGUUGAUCGUUGGCGUCUACGCAGAGCUUCCUUCCAAUGGAUCAGAACCCUCAACAUCAUGGAAUCCUAAUGAAACUCUACUUGCGGGAAAGAUCGACUAUCUGGCAUAUCGCACGAAUCUCAUAAACUGCCACCCAACGCUUGUGCUUCCAUGCGCCUACUCACUGCCUUUCAACGCGUGGAAGCUGUGGUGUGCAACUCCGCAACUGAGAACCGGACCAGAUGGGAUCAAACGUGAACAUCCACUUACAUGUCUGGACGGGAUCCGAUUCUUCGCCAUGGUCUGGAUCAUAUUCGCUCAUUGUUCUGCGUUCAGUGUUCUUUCCGCGAAUAACCCGAUUCUGGCUGCUCAGAAAAUCUUCCAUGAACCCAGCGCAGAGGUCAUUAUGGUUGGCACGUUAUCGGUCGACAUAUUCUUUUUCAUGUCUGGAUUACUGACUACCUACAUUACAAUGGAACGGUUCUGGCACGUGAAGAACACGGCAGCACGAGUAAAGUUCUGGGCCAUGUACGUCGUUCAUCGAUUCAUACGACUAACCCCCAUGUACAUGCUGGUGUUGAUUCUGUACACGGGUCUUUUCAUUCAUUCGAACGAUGGACCGCUUUUUCCUCAAGAUCCAAAUAAGUCGGAUAUUACGUUUUGCAAGAAAAACUGGUAUGUGACGUACCUAAACAACCUAAUCAGGUCUGACGAAACAUGCAUUGGAUGGACAUGGUACUUGGCUAAUGAUAUGCAAUUUAGCCUUGUGUUGGCUCCGAUUUUCAUCACUUUGACAGCUUGGAACCAACUCGCUGGCCUCAUUUUCGCAAUUUCGCUGAUAAUAUCAGGGACUGCUGCUUACGGGGGGAUAAGUUAUGCUUACAAUUUUGGCAUACUUCCAUAUGACAGUACGGAGUUUUAUCGAGUGUAUGUCACACCUUACACAAGGUGGGGCACGUAUGCCAUCGGAAUGAUUCUAGGAUGGAUCCUCCUGAAAUAUCCCACACUUCGCAUUCGUCGCACUGUCCGGAAUAUAUUUUUGGUCCCGAUUGUCGGACUGUCGAUUGCCGCUCUGCUUAUUCUGCCGAUCAUGUAUGGACCACACGAAAUGACCAAGCAUAUGGUGCCAAUAUGGGACCUGGGAACAGAAAUCGCCUAUGUUUCUUUGUCCAGACCGGUUUUCAUUCUCGGUGUGGCUAUCGUGGUCUACCUUUGUGCUACCGACUGGGCUGAACCGGUACGCCUGUUUUUCUCUUGGUCCGCCUUCCGCCUACCCGCAAGACUCACCUAUGGUGCUUACUUGUUUCAUCUCAUUGUCCUCAGCUACAAGUACGGUGGAGCAAAGCUACCUAUGAUGAUUGAUACACAAACCUGGGUCUUCACCUUCUUCUCAGUUAUUUGUCCCAGUUAUUUGGGAAGCUUCAUUUUGACGAUGGCCACAGACUCACCGGUUCUUGCACUGGAACGUUACUUGAGGUCAGACCGCUCCUGAUACCCAGGGACUUGACCCUACGAUAACGAUUUGAGUUUCGCUCACAAGUCAUUAUAUUUUGCUACAUGGUUGGGUUUAUUUUUGAUUCAGCAACAGCUGUUUUACCCCCUUCAAAGAUCAAUAAACCCAGAUAUUUUCAACCAGUGAGAGUUUGCUCAAAUGACCGUGUUGAUUGUUUUAAUUUAGAUUUUUAAUUUUUAACUGUAUUCCCCUAUCAACAAGUUUUAGUCCAACUUCUCACCGGUAACACUGACUUGUGUUAUGUGGAAAAUUGAAUCAGAGUUUGGGUGCAAAGAAGCCUAUGUCUGUAUCUGUGAAACUGCAAAUCAAGCAUAAUUACUAUCAGAGUUUGAAUAAAUGACUUCUGAUAGACUUCUUGUGUUUUGUCUCAAGUGAUUCGUAAUCCUUCUUUUAAAACCUUGUUUUUAAUAUGAGCUGUUGGUCUUUAAUUUUUACAUGCUUCGGAA